UUUUUGUUCGGGAUUGGAGAAACACAUACUAGUGGCUAAGGCACAGGACCCUUGAAGAUGCGCCCCAUACUUAUCCUUACUUGCACACUUCCGAAAGUUUUAUACUUCCUUCGCAUCAUGUCACUUUCAUGCUCAUUCCCUCCUUCACAUUCGUUCACACUCGUUCAACUCCUUUCUAUCGUUAUCCAAUGGUCACAGGAACGGCCAUUACCACUUCAUCGAUAUAAUUGUCUUUCUAUCUUACGUGAUAGAAGCGCCUCUCGCUUAUGAUAGUUUCCCAAUUUGCCAGUCGAAAUUCACUAUGAAGUUGUCUACUAUUCUUGCCGGCACAACCCUCCUUGCCGGUAUUACUAUGGCCGAACUGGACCCUAUAGUGAUCAAGGGUAGCAAAUUCUUCUUCAAGAGCAACGAUACCCAAUUCUACAUGCGUGGUGUUGCCUAUCAGCAAGAACUGCCCAGCAGUAGUACUGGCGGCACCUAUUACAAAGACAUUCUGGCCGAUACUACCGCCUGCAAGCGAGAUGUUCCCCUCUUGCAGGAACUCCGCACUAACACUAUCCGUGUCUAUUCGAUCGACCCUGAAGCGGACCAUACUGAGUGCAUGAAGCUCCUCACCGACGCCGGCAUCUAUGUUGUGGUGGAUAUGGCGCAACCUGCGGAGUCGAUCAACCGUAACGACCCAUCGUGGGAUAAUGCCCUGUAUAAACGCUAUACUGAUGUGGUUGAUGAGAUGGCUAAAUACACUAACACUAUUGGGUUCUUUGCUGGGAACGAAGUCUCCAACCAGAAGAACAACACUCUUGCUAGCGCAUUUGUGAAGGCUGCUGUGCGCGAUAUAAAGCGAUAUAUCAAAGCUAAGAACUAUCGCGCCAUGGCUGUUGGGUAUGCCGCCAAUGACGACGCUGAAAUUCGUGUGGAUAUGGCCAACUAUUUCAACUGUCAAUCAGAGGAAGAAAGUAUUGAUUUCUGGGGCUACAAUGUGUACUCGUGGUGUGGAGACUCGUCUUAUGAGAAAUCUGGCUACAAAGCUCGUACUGAGGAAUUCGCCAAUUAUUCCGUUCCAGUGUUCUUUGCCGAGUAUGGUUGCAAUCUUGUCGAGCCUCGCAAGUUCACUGAUGUGGCUGCUCUCUACGGUGACCAGAUGGCGAAGGUUUGGUCCGGGGGUAUUGUCUAUAUGUACUUCCAGGAAGCCAAUGACUACGGUUUAGUAACCCUUAAGGGUGAUACUGCCAGCAAGCUCCCCGACUUUUUCGGCUAUUCUAAGCAAAUUGCAAGCGUCAAUCCUACAGGUGUCAAGAAAGCCGACUAUUCUCCUUCCAACACAGCUCUUGAAUCUUGCCCUACUAUUGAUGGCAACUGGUUUGCUAGAGCUAGUCCACUACCCCCUUCUCCUAACCCCGAUCUUUGCACAUGCAUGGAUGCCUCCUUGGAAUGCGUGGUGAAGGACGAUGUUUCGAAUAAAACCUUUGCCGACCUUUUCAAUACCGUCUGUGGCUAUGGGGUUUGUGAUGGCAUUUCCACUAAUGCAACUUCCGGUGAAUACGGCUCCUACAGCGUGUGUAGUGCGAAGGAGAAAUUGUCCUUUGCUUUCAACAGAUACUAUCAGGAACAAAAGGCCAAGGGCAACGCUGCGUCCGCUUGUGAUUUCGCUGGCGCUGCGAGCACUAAAAUCCCGAAAAGUCCUAGUAGCACUUGCUCUAGCCUGCUCGACGCCGCAGGCGCUGAAGGGACCCGCGCAGUUACUGCUUCUCCGACCGGUGGCUCUGUUCUGAACUCUCCAUCUUCCAGUACUGGUGCCGCCCAUCCUAUGGCAACUGUUAGCAGCGUAAAUAUUGGGCUGUGGCAGCUUGGCGCCUAUGCAGUAACAGCGUUUGUCGCUGGUUUCGGGAUGAUUCUUCUAUAGGUAUUUUCUGAAUACUUGGACUUGCGUUUUUCGAUAUCUUCUUUGAGUUGACUGCACGAAUUUGGCCAUUUCGAUCAUUGCUCCUGUUAGAGCCUACCCGGUCCUACUUCGCUUUCUGUGUUUUUCUUAUUGUAGUUUAUAUCCAAUUCACUCAUUAAGAUAGACAUAUGUUGACACGAAGUCGGAAAUUUGU